AUGAACUGUCGAAGUAAAGUGGAAUUAAAUGUCUGUCAAAUUACUUUUUUAACAUCUCUAUGUAUUACUGCUAUCUUUCUGGCUGUCUUUGGUUGGUUCCGUACAAUUGAACCAGCAGGAUAUAUCUCAGCAACAGCUAAAUCACAACAGAAAGUCACGUCAGUUGUUCACACACGUUUACGACCUAUUCCAUUCCUUGAUGAUAUUGGUUCACCUCCUGUGUUGAAUAACCCGGAAUCAUAUGUACAAUGGACAUUUCUACAAAUGAAUGAUGUUUAUGAAAUGAUACCAUUAGGUGGUGGCAAGAAAGGGGGUCUAGCACGUGUCGCAACGAUUCGCAAAUUACUUUUACAAGAAAAUUCCCAAACAUUCACUGUCAUAGCGGGUGAUAUCGUCAGUCCAUCAGCAUUAGGUAAUAGUAUCGUAAAUGGUUCGAUGUUAAAUGGUAAACAGAUGAUUGCAACAUUUAACGUUCUCGGUGUUGAUUAUGCCACUUUGGGUAAUCAUGAAUUCGAUUUGAAAGAACUCUCCUUACGUCGUCGUUUGAACGAAUCUCGUUUCGAAUGGAUUGCAUCGAAUGUCUACGAACGUAAUACCACCAAACCAUUUCACAAUGUUUUACCUCAUAAAAUCAUCACGAUAGCUAAUGUGAAAAUUCUACUUAUUGGAUUAACGAUUGAUGAUAAUUUUGGACCAGCAACAAGUCCACCGUAUGUGGAUAUUACACCACAACGAACACUACCGGAAUUUACAGGUGAUUAUAUAAAACAUCUUCGGGACAACUUAGGAUUAAAAUGGGAUGUCUUGAUUUGCUUAACACAUGUAAAUAUGCAAAAUGAUAUUGAAAUUGUUGAGCAUAAUCCAGCCAUUGAUGUUAUCUUAGGUGGCCAUGAACAUGAGAAUUAUUAUUUAAAACGUGGAAGCAAAUAUGCAUCGAUUUAUAAAGCAGAUGACAAUGCUUUCUCAGUUUUUAUCCACCGGUUCGCUUAUCAACCACAAACAAAACAAUUGAUGAUAUUUUCGAAACUUACUCAAGUGAGCCCUCGCUUUCCUGACGAACCCGAAACAGCUAAAGUUGCCAAUUAUUUCUAUGAAACCGGUUUACAAGCUUAUCGCAAUCAAGGCUAUAUACCUGAUCGUAUUGUAUGUGUUCUUCCAGUUGGUUUCAAUUUCGACGGACGUUCAGCUAUUAUACGUUCCCAACAAACACAUUUAACUCGUGCUUUAUGUUAUUCCAUGAUGAAUGCAACGAAGACUAAUGUUUGCGUACUUAAUUCAGGUGCUAUUCGUGUUGAUGACCAACUGAUGGGUACCAUAACUCAAUAUGAUAUCUUACGUUGUUUACCAUUUGCAACAAAUCUUAUUACCGUAAAUAUUAAUGGUUCAUCGUUAGUUAAAGUCUUAAAUCGUGGCUUGAAUCAAAUCAAUACUGGUAUGUUUGUAUCUUAUGCUGGUAUAGAAUACAAUUCUACGACAGAGAAAUGGUAUUUGGAAUCUACAAAACAACUGCUCGAUGACGAACACUUACAACUAAAUAUUGUUUCUAUUCCAUAUUUUUAUCAUAAUACCGAUUUCAAAUCAACAUCGGUAAUUUCAAAAAAUUUUACAUCAAUGACAAAAGCUUUCAUUGAUUAUCUGGAAAGAACGUAUGGUAAAGGUACAAAUAAUUACCGAUCUUGA